GGUUUAACACUUUAAUGCCGUACACACAAUCAGAUAUUUGUUUUAAAUUAUGGUAAUAAAAUGUCGGUGAGAGUCACGAGCUGUUGCAACGCGUGCGCGCGCGCAGGAUCGGGAUCGGUAUUAAACGGGCUUCAUUAUAAUGACGAAUUGUACCAGUAUCAAUUAUCAACGGUCCUGAUAAAAAUGCUUUCAUGGUAAUGGACUACUGUGAACGCUAUCAGAAAAGCUUCGGGCUAAAAUAUUCAUUUUCAUUUAGCUUUCACCUCGGGAAAAUGUGUUUCAAAAUGGCCGAUAAGCCUGUCUGAGAUGGAUUACGCUAAAAUGUAUGGAAAUGUGGAGUUUGAUUACCAAAUACCAAGUUUUUUGAUUAAUUGGAGCACGGAUUAUGACACAUCCGAGCCUGAGGUGGACCUCUCACAGUAUCCGUUCCCAAAUAAACUAUGGCACAUCAAACCGGCCAAAGAAGUGGCAUUGAAAACAACCGCAAUGCUAAUCGUUGGCGUUACUGGCAUAUUCCUAAAUUCAGUCAUCAUAAUCAUCCUUCUGAAAAACAAGUGGCUUUGGACAGCAAGCAACUAUCUAAUCGGGAAUUUGGCAUUUAUCGAUUUGAUCACGCUAAUUUUCUGUCCCUGGUUCAUGCUUGUGAGGGAUUUCCAUCAGAACUUCGUUUUGAACAACUUUGGGUGCAGAUUUGAAGGGUUUUUGCAAGCAUCACUACUGUUAGCUGGUGUAGCAGCCGUCAUGUUAGUCAGUUAUGACAGACUAGCCGCAGCAACGUUAACCGCUGAAGCAAGAAUCACCAAAAAGGCAGCACCCAAGCUUAUUGUUGCCUCGUGGAUCAUACCGAUGGGAUUGUCUCUGCCUUGGAUUAUAGAGAGAAAAUUUAUUGAACGCCAAUGGCUGGAUUUUUUGGAGACGUUUUGUUAUGAGGAUCCGAAAAUGCUUCCCAUUUAUUGGCACUGCAUCGUCAUACUACUUGUUUGGAUUCCACUAGGAGUUAUGUUACUCACUUAUGGCACUAUAAUAUGGAGAUUGGAAAGAAGUGCCCGAGAGCUAUCAUCACGAGGUGGUGGUCAGACUAUAACACAAGCUAGGGGUAAAGCUAUGAGAAUAACUGCUUGUAUACUCCUAGUAGCAGCGGUAUGUAGGGUACCAUACACUGCUUUGGUUUAUAUGAGAAAUAAUCUGCCGAAUGAGAUCAACGCGGUGGAAGGGGGAUAUCAAAUAAUGUGGUUUAUAGCAAGCUAUCUAAUGUAUCUAAACUGUGCGAUUAACCCACUUAUCUAUGGGUUCACCAAUACUAGAUUCAGAAGAGCCAUGGACCGUACCCCAGGUGUUGCAUGGUUCAAAUUUGGUACAUGGUGCUGUGCUUGCGCAACGGUCGUAAAAAAGAAACAAUCCCUACAAAACAACAACGUUGAAAAAAUAUUCGUAGUCGUCGCCAGUCCACGACCUAACCGGAAAAUAUCGAGAGUGGUCAGAAAUAUUCUACACAUAAACAAACAGACCUUAGAAUUGAGUGUACCCAAAGUUGACGAAGCUACAACCAAACCUACUAAAGUCACUCCCUUGAAGGUUGAACAGUUGGACUUUAAAGCGGAUGAAGAAAAUGAUAAAGUAUUCAUAGCACAAGGAUUAGAAGUUACUAUAAGUGAACGAAUAGUUAUUAACGAAGAAAGAAGCAAUUUGUGAAUUCUAAAAUAGAAAAUAAGCAAAAGUGAAGAAUAAAAAUUGAGUCUAGAAAAAAUCAUUUAAUACAUCAAGUUUAUAGAAGAAAUUAAGUAGUAACUAAUUUUAACUUGUAGUAAUUAAUUUUGUCUUUUAAUUGUGUCUUUAUAAUGGAACUAAUAGUUACAAAUCCAAUAUAUAAAUGUACACAUCUUAAUUAUUGAUUUAUUAUACUUCCUCUCCUAAAAAAAUAUAUAUCUAAGUGAUAUAUAAACCUAUCGUAGUGUUUUAGCACUUAUACACUCAAGCGUUACACAAGGGAAUUUUAUAAAAAUAUCUCAUACACAUA